AUGUACACACAAAUUUUGAGUAUAGUAAUUUGCUUGACCCUGACCGUCUCAGUAUCAGCAGCCCCCUCUCGAUCGGAAAUCGGAGAAGCAUUACAAUUUACGGCAGGCCUAUUCAACGAUGACAUUACGGUGCUUGGACAAUAUCCUUCUUACGUAUUUAUCAAAACCGCGGCUUUGCCGCGUUGUGGAAGAGCGGUUGUCGAUGAAAGCCACAUCAUAACAUUAGCCCAGUGUGUUCUUGACGGUAACUUCCGCGUCUACAAUCCCCGGUUGGUGGAAGUAAUUGCUGGAGACUUGUUGUGGUUUCCUGCCUCGGCGACCCGUCGAACCCGAUUGGCUUCGGCGAUUUACGUUCACCCCAACUGCACUGCGCACACCUUGGAGAACGACAUUGCUGUGAUUCGGUUACAAGAACCGUUCAAGCUUCCCAGUAACGAAAUUCAUCCGACAAUUCGCAGAACACGUAUCGUUGGAAUCGAUCACGUUUGUGAAAGCGUAGGGUGGGGCUUCGAGGGUGGCGUCUCGCUACAAGCUGCCUUACAAAUGAUAAUAAGCGAUCGAGAUUAUUGCAGUUUUGUGCGGCAUCUUAAAACGGUGGCGGAAAGCAUGGUUUGCGCGGAUAAUUUGCGCCCAGGACAGUCGAUUUGUGCGGGAAACAUCGGUAUGGUUUUGUACUGUGAUGGAGAAGCGACCGGACUACUUUCUUUUGGGAUGAACUGUGGAGCACCAAACGACCCUCCAACCUAUAUGCAGAUUCGUUACUUCAACAAAUGGAUCGACCAACAGCUGGUGAGGACGGAUGUUCCACCAAUUGGGUUGUCUCCACUGGAUUACUAA